AUGGCGAUGGCACCAGCGCCAUCGCCUGGACAGGCGAUGUCCAAGGACCCAAAGACUCAGCUGAAUCACUUUUGCCAGAGGUAUUGUCAGCGACCUGUCACGAAGAGUGAUAUUUCUUACACCACGAACAAGUUUGGGAAUCAGUACCAGGCGAUCGUCAAGCUCGACUGCAUUCAGGGCCAGGAGUACGCUGGACACCUGUGCAUCAACCAAAAAGAUGCAGAGAAGUCUGCUGCCGAGCAGGCUGUCAUGGCCUUCUCAUCACAGAUGGCCGUGCUGAAGCCGCCUGUGCAGCGGGACAAGAAGAGGAAGCCCAGAACUCCAGAAGAGAUUGCUGAGCGCAAGGCCAAGCAAGAAGCCGAAGGAAAUCCAGCAAUCACGCCGAAGACCCUGCUUAAUGCCUUGGUCAUGAAGAUCGCCAAGCGCUAUCUGCAGAAGGGUGAGACCGUGUACGAGACGAAGACCUACAACGGCGGAGGGCACCAGGCGACUGUCAAGCUCUCCGCGCUGCCGGGCGAGUGGAGUGAGCGAAUGUGGGCCGGACACGUAUGCACCACAAAACAGAAGGCAGAGCAAAGUGCCGCAGAGAUUGCCCUAGAGUCGAUCAAGCAGGACAAGGAGUUAAUGGAAGAAGCUGACAAGCCGAAGGGAUUUGGAAAAGGCGGCAAGGGCAAAGGGAAGGGCAAAGGCUUCAUGUUCGAUGCCUGGCAGUGGGGGUGGAUGUGGGGCAUGCCAUCAAGUGAGCUUCCACGCAAGGACGUUCUCACGGAAUCCAUCACGGGUGAAGUCAUUGAGUGGAAGGUGGGACAGGUGAAUCAGGUGAGGGCAGCUGCAGAGUGCUGCAGAGUGUCACACUGGAACGAGCAGCAGCGCCGAGACUUCGAGGAGCAGAAGAGGCGGGUCCGGCCCCUGGACGCGCCGGAAAAGGAGAAAGCCAGAGAGGAGUGGGCACAGCUGCUCAACAUGCACAAGCGACCCAAAGAGCCAGAACCAGGACAGGACCGUGGAAGAGCAAGCACGGACCCCCCGCCACACCUCCGCACCACCCCGCAGCGCCCUGAGGGGGCGCCCGCGCACCCCCUGCCGAAACCCCCACCACAGCGCCCGCAAGGGCCGCAGGGGGCGAUGACGCAAAGGGGACCACCGCAGACCAAGCAGCCGCCGCACGCCCGAGCCAAGCAACCCCCGCCCACAGCCCCUAGCUCCAGCGAGGAGACCCACUGGUCGAGCAGCAAUGCCUCCACACCCAAGAUAACAAAACAGGAAGAGAGCAAGAAGCGAGCAACGGAACACGCAGACACACCCGCAGCGGCCCAAGCCGGGCAGAACGAGGGACCCAACGCAGAGAAGGAGAAGCAGGAGGAGGAGGACCCUGACGACAUCAUCGACAACUUCCUGGACCACAUCGACCUGAUGCAGAGGGACAGCCGACCACCACAGCAGCAACAAGGGGCAACCGAAGACCAAGAGAUGGACCAACUCCGAGAGGACGAGCAAGAGGAGAGCCGAAGAAGAGAGAUGAUGGAGGAGGAGAUUCGCAGAUGGGAGCUCGAAGAGGAGGAGGAGCAGAGGCUAGCAGAGAUACAGUACGACGAGUACCUGGAGGAGAGACGCGAGGAGACCGCAGAGCAGGCGAGGACCCAACACGCUACCGACCUCUUCCCCAACGGAACAACACCGACGGACGAGGACCCCGACAGCAAGCCGGAGCAAGGGUGCCACCCGGCAGACGUCAUCGCCCACCAAGAAGGGGACCCAGAAGGAAGGCCACCGAGAGGAGACCUCUACGACUUCGUCCACCUCACCCUGACCAGAUGGAGGCGACUGCUGGAGACCGCAUCAACCUCGGUGACCCUGGACACAGAUGGCGUCCGGGAGCUGGCAAACACAAUCCACACCUGGCGGGGACCCCACCUGGUGGACAGCGACUCCAACACGACCGAAGCAGCCACCCCACACGAACACCUCCUCAACCUGGUGGGCCAGAUCCUGUCCCGAAAAAACGAGCACGAGGACGAGGUGACCGUGCUGACCCGGGACACGCUCGAGACGCUGGAAACAAUUUUGGAGGCCUACUACCAGAAAAGGAAAUGGGGGACCGUCUUCCGCAAGCAGAGUAACACGGGGAACGCCAAGAGGGCUGUCCCUCCCCGUGGCAAAGCCAGCCGAGCGAGCGCCUCUACGGACCUCUACCACCACGAGCACCUCGACUACAAGACCUGGACGACGAGGACGCGAACCAUCUACCCUGAAAGGGCCGCGACCGAACCACCAACACGAACACCCGACUUGGACAAGGGGCUCCACAUCGUCGCGGUGGCCAAUGAUAUAGUGGGAAAGCAGUGGGUCGAGCCGACCAACGGACCGAUGGGAAGCCACGCCCUCACCAACGAGAACAACGGGGACGAGAAGCUGGUCAAUUUGGGGACCACCACCACAGAGCCGACAGAAAGUACAGAACAACAGAGUGCAGCGAGAAGGGGGCCAAACUACAUCGAGCACGAGCAGCACCACGACGAGCCCCCCGACAGCACGGAAGAGGACAUCAUCGAGGAGGAGUACGACCAGCACCACGACGAGCCCGCCGACAACUCGACCAACGAGCCCGAGGAGGACCUGGAGAGCAGCCGAAGAGAAGCGAGAAGACAGGGGGGCACCCAGCACAAGCCGGAGACCACGACGAACUCCAACGACAAGGAGGAGGGGGAAGAAGAAAAAGCAGCACAGGAAAGUACAGAGCAGUCGAGUGCAACGAGAAGGGGGCCACACUACAGCGAGCACGUGCAGUACCACGACGAGCUCGCCGACAACACGGAAGCCGACGUCGAGGAGGAGCACGACCAGCGCCACGACGAGCUCGCCGACAACCAGAACGACGAGGACCAGAAGCACAACUGCUCGAGCGAAACGAGAGAGCAGGGGAGUACCCAGCAUGAACCGGAGACCUCGACGAACCUCGACGACAAAGAAGGGGACAACGCGGACCAGGAGGAGCCACAGCGACGAGGGGACCGUCAGCUGCGGGAGAAGGAGGAGAAAGUGCCACGCCUACCACACAACCGCAAGAAGGAGACCACGAUGGCCAGCAGGAAGAUGAUCGACAAGGGGGCCCAGACACUGAGGGACUCGCACGGAUGGAUCAAGGCAGAUGUGGAUAUUGACCACAAAGCUGCAUCUCGUCGCGAGGGCAAGAUAUUUGUGGGAAAAUCCGAUGCUCCAGAGGAUGGAUUGGCAGGGCCCUUUGAGCUUCACUCC